AUGCGUAACUAUGCAGUAGAGGAACUGAAGAGCAAGAUGCAAAUUGAAACGUCAGGUAACUUAAAUAGAUUAGCGUAUGUAGGAGUAAAUGAGAUGGAUUGCGGCAGAGCAGAUGAGAAAAAUGGGGAGACUGGUAAGGCUGGAACACCUGAAGAAAAAAAGACUCAAGAAAAGACUAAGACGAAGGAGGUGCCUAAGCAGAUUGAUCAGAUGAUCGGCGAAAUUCCGAAGAGGAGAACAAUGACUGAGGCCGGAUUUGGACUACCAUCAGCAAAAAGACAUAGGCAUGAGCAACAAAGUAGAAUAAAGACUACCUCGCACGCUAACAUACGAGGAGUUAGGAGCAAGGGCCAACAACUAAGCAAAUACAUAGAGGAAGUAGUACCUGAUGUAAUGGGAAUAUGUGAAACCCAUUGUGUAAAAAAUGAGGAUCUGCCCAGAAUCACAGGUUAUGAAUGAGUGUCAAGCCCAGGAAGGAAAGAAGUGCAGGUGUUGGAAUUCUUAUUAACAAGGAAAUUGAAGUCGAAGUAG